AUGAGAUGCGAACAACGGCCUCAAGGCAACGAUGAGUAUAGCUCAGAAACAGGAAAUCGUACGGGUGACGCAACAGCUGCUCGACGCUAUCUUCAUGCAAGGAUUUCGAUGUAUACACGUAAUAACAACCCACGAAAAGGUCAAUUACACACCACUAUGCUGAAUCCGAAUGUGCAUGUGAUGGGUGAGGAAGGUGCUUGUAUAGCGUAUGUUCGACUGACACAAUUCAUGGACAGGAAUGGUGAAGCUCGUACGAGGCAAACCCAGGAGUCCAGAGUCUGGCAAAAGAAAGCCGGUCGAUGGGUUUCCUGCGUUCUUUACUUGUAUUUCAUCGUCUUCAUAGAAGUGAUACGAUGUGCUGUACUGUUGCUUCAACAUGCAUUCAGCACCAAUUAG